AAUCGAACUCCGACGUUGCCUGACAGACGACUAUAGCAGCCAAUGAGUGCGGCGCUGUUAUUGAAAGCUUGAGGCGGAGCUUGAGCGACAGCCGCAGUGGAAGUAAAGGCCGGUGUUGAAGGGCACGGUGUGUGUGUGUUGCUGCUCGGAGAAACCAAGUUAUUAAUCAUGGGCGGACACGACUCUGGAACUCACCACCAGUUCACUGGCAUCCAGAAAUACUUCAAUGCAUAUACAAUAACAGGGAGAAGGAAUUGCGUGUUAGCCACGUAUGCUGGAAUUGCUACCCUCAUCCUGUUCUUUAAACUGAAGCCCAAGAAACAGACUCCGGCCAUUACAGACAAAUAAUGGGCUUCUGCACCCAACAUGUGAUUCCUUCUUUCAAAUAAAAAGACAUUGAUUUAUAUUGUUUAUUUACAAAAUAUAAAUUAUGGGUAAAAACUGUACAAAAAGAGCAGUGAUUCAUUCCUCUGCAUUCUCUUUAGUUAAGUCUGUUGGAGGUAUAUAAUUAAAUGUAUUCCACUGUCA